AUGCUCCUAUCCAGGUUGGCUUUCAGUGAAGAUCACCACUGGCCUCCCAAGAUCACCACUGGUCUCCCAAGAUCACCACUGGUCUCCCAAGAUCACCACUGGCCUCCCAAGAUCACCACUGGUCUCCCAAGAUCACCACUGGCCUCCCAAGAUCACCACUGGCCUCCCAAGAUCACCACUGGUCUCCCAAGAUCACCACUGGCCUCCCAAGAUCACCACUGGCCUCCCAAGAUCACCACUGGUCUCCCAAGAUCACCACUGGUCUCCCAAGAUCACCACUGGUCUCCCAAGAUCACCACUGGUCUCCCAAGAUCACCACUGGUCUCCCAAGAUCACCACUGGCCUCCCAAGAUCACCACUGGUCUCCCAAGAUCACCACUGGUCUCCCAAGAUCCCCACUGGCCUCCCAAGAUCACCACUGGCCUCCCAAGAUCACCACUGGCCUCCCAAGAUCGCCACUGGUCUCCCAAGAUCGCCACUGGCCUCCCAAGAUCACCACUGGCCUCCCAAGAUCACCACUGGUCUCCCAAGAUCACCACUGGCCUCCCAAGAUCACCACUGGCCUCCCAAGUCAAACUGAUGUAA